CACACACUUCCUUAUCUUUUACAAUUCAUAACAUGAGUGUUUCCAACUACAUUGUUACUUUCAAGGCAGAUACUCCUCAGCAAGUCAUUGAUGAACAUAUCAAGCAAGCUGAAGCUGCUGGUGCCACUAUCAAACAUAGAUAUCAAUCUGCUAUUCGUGGUUACUCUGUUUCUGUACCUGAUGAUGCUGUUACUGCACUUGACAAUACCCACCCCCAGUUGGACUUUAUUGAACCCGAUGGUGAAGUUACCACUCAAGGACAAACAUAUUUGAAGUCUUAAGAUUUUCAAUCUAGUUAGUGAUUACUGUGGUUACCUCUUUUUUUUUUUUUAUCUAUCGUUUUAUAAUGGUUGUUUGUUUAUAUUAUGUAUUUGUUAGCGUUUGAUGAAUCUUGUGACAAUAAAUCAUACAAUCUUUUUUUUCUUUUA